GCAUCAGGGUGGCCAUUUUAUCAGUUUAGGGGGACGGAGCAGAAACUGGAUGCAAUAGUCCACGAGCUUUCUUUGUGUUAUUACUUUAACUUACUUGUUUUGUACACAUUCGGUCGAUAAUCACGUACAAUCGAUGAGGUGAUAUUUGCAAAGCGUAUUAUUUGGCGGGAAAAGGGUGCGUCGCGACGUCCCAUUCAUUUCUAGCGUGCGCGCGGUUAGCAACUAGCUUAGCUUAGCUAAUGGCACCCCGCGUUAUCUAACAGUCGCACGUAAACAAUAGCCCUAACUCGUGUAGCCAACCAAUUGGUUGUUGGGUGUUUAUUAAGUCGUUUUGGUGUACUAGUUUCGGUUUCGGCUCCGUUUGUUGCCUUGGUGCUGAAUUAUUGAUCGAGUUAAAAGCAGUUAGCAUAGCUCGCGCAUUCGGUGUAAUCAUGACGGAGUGCUAUAUUCGUGUGGCGGAGGAUGAAAACGAGGAGCCGAUGGAGAUUCCGUCUGAAGAGGACGGCACCGUGCUGCUCUCCACCGUCGCCGCGCAGUUUCCAGGUGCCUGCGGCCUAAGAUAUCGAAGCCCCGUGUCCCAGUGCAUGAGAGGGGUCCGACUAGUGGAGGGGGUUCUACAUGCACCAGAAGCAGACUGGGGCAAUCUGGUGUACGUGGUUAAUUAUCCAAAAGAUAACAAGAGGAAGAUGGAUGAAAUGGAUGCCGCGUCUGCGGUGAAGAUCAAGAGGGGCAUCCAGAAGACAUCAGAUUUGAUUGUGCUUGGGCUGCCAUGGAAAACAACAGAGCAAGACCUUAAAGAUUAUUUCGGCACUUUUGGAGAGGUGAUCAUGGUGCAGGUGAAAAGGGAUGCCAAAAGUGGAAAUUCCAAAGGAUUUGGUUUUGUAAGAUUUACUGACUAUGAAACACAAAUAAAAGUCAUGUCCCAGCGACAUAUGAUCGAUGGAAGAUGGUGCGACUGCAAACUUCCCAACUCAAAGUAUUUCCUGGAACAGGCUGGCCCUGAUGAGCCUAUGAGAAGCAGGAAAGUCUUUGUGGGUCGCUGCACUGAGGACAUGACAGCGGAUGAGCUCAGACAGUUUUUUAUGCAGUACGGUGAAGUCACAGAUGUGUUCAUCCCCAAACCCUUCCGCGCUUUUGCCUUCGUCACCUUUGCAGACGAUCAGGUUGCCCAGUCUCUGUGCGGUGAGGACCUGAUCAUUAAAGGAACCAGCGUGCACAUCUCCAAUGCUGAGCCUAAGCACAAUAAUAGUAGGCAAAUGAUGGAUCGUGGGCGUUUUGGGGGGUAUGGGGGGCAGGGCUUUGGCAGUAGUCGCAGUCCAAACAGCAAUGUUAAUUUUGGGGCCCUAAACCUGAAUCCAGCUAUGAUGGCAGCCGCUCAGGCAGCACUUCAGAGUAGUUGGGGCAUGAUGGGGAUGCUUGCUAAUCAGCAAAACCAGACCCCCGCCUCUGGCACCAACCCUAGUGGGCAGGGUGGUAGUAGAGAUCAGACCCAGAAUUACAACGCAAGCAGCAAUAACUACAACACCGGCAGCACAGCUGCUCUGGGGUGGGGGGCAGGUACCAAUUCGGCUGCAGCUGGUGGGUUUAAUUCUGGCUUUGGAUCUAGCAUGGAGACAAAGUCCAGUUGGGGAAUGUAGAGAGAGAUUUGAAUUGGUUCUUGAAAGUAUCCUAAUAUCUAGAUUAUAUGGUAAGUAUUUUGAGAGAAGAAAGUUUAGUCAGAUAUUAUGUCCCUUAAAUAUUUGCCUUUUGAUUUAGUAAAACUCUGAAUGUUCUUCGUACACACAAAUUGACUGCUCUUUAAGAUUGAUUGAUAGUUAGUUGUGGAAUGAACACUAUUUUCUGUUUUCAUUAUUGAUAAUUUAUUUUGUAUCAGGCAUUGUUUCAGUAUGCCCACAUAUCAGAGUAUCUCUUAGCAUUUCAGUGCCCUCUCAACAUACAGUACAUUUAAAGAUGUGGAAAGCCAUUUAAGUUGUGUUCUCUGCAGUUUUUUUUUUUGUGUACCUCAAAGUUUUUAUGGUCAAGCCUUCAUACAUCUCUUCUACAGUUCAUCACCUCUUUUCCAAUUUCCCGGGAAGAAGCCCCUCGUUGGCCGCAAUGUUCGAGCGAUCUCAGUAUCAGUUCCCUUCUUCCCAUGUGUAAA